GCCAAGGUUUACACACGGUGACUUUAUAGGACACACAGCCGCCGGUCAACACAGUGACGCGUCAUCAGUUUUCAUAAAAAAAGGUGCUCUUGAAGACUAGCCCCGUUGUCAUACAAGAAAUGCAUUCAUGCGGCAUCUGAGACCACUGCUCCUUGCAGCCUGCAGUUCGCUGCUGCAGCACUGUGCUGCGCUCAGCGGUGCAGGACGACGGCUUUCGAAGCCGGCAGCACAACCGCCGACGCUGUCGCGCAGUCGUUUGCUGCGCGCGUUCGGCGGCGCGAUGAUAACAACGCUCCCGCUACGAGCCGACGCCGUCGACUGCCUCGGCGAAGCGGAAAAGGCCCAACGAUUGAUAAGGACCACGCUCGCCAUCUAUGCGGACGACGGCGACCCGGCGCCGUUACGACCCGUGGCGAAGACCAUCGCGAAGCCGGACUCGCCCCUCCGCCAGUGUUUGGAGCGGGCCUACUACCUCCCGAACGACCAAUUGGAUGAAACGACGCGGAACCAUGCCAGAGACGCCCUGGAGUACGCGGCGUCCGUCGUCGAGUUCGACGCCUUUGAUAGGGUGUGGAAGACGUCGCAGCCGAAGCAGUCGCUGACGCAGUACACCGCGGAGGGCCUCCAGUACUCGAAGCGGGCGCUGGAGGCCGUCGACCGGGAGCUGGGGUUGUUCGUCUUCGGCUGCAAGGUCAAGGGGAGGUCCUAUUUUGGGGUGUCAUAAGUUGCUGCA